AGCCAAGCGCGCUUUCGAUCGUACUAAUUUAAUGAUAUCUAACCACAAAUUAAAUUACCCCAACAUCAAUCCAACGGUCCCAAUCAUAUGAUGCUACACAAACUUGCUCGAUCUUUAACUCAGUUCCUGCAUUAUAUGAAGCAGCAGGACUGCUUCUUCCUCAUCAUCGUCUUCAUAUUUCGAAACGCAGUAAGUACUGAAGAGUCUGACGCAUACCCGGCCCGGCCCCCACGUAUCCAUGGUUUUUUUCUGCUUUAUGGUCGAUCAAGAGCGGAAAGUGAGCCGGAGCAAGCCGGCGGCAGGAAUCUGCUCGCGGUGCGGUGGCGGGGCAAGCGUGGCCGACAUGAAGACAGCUACGAGAUUUUGUUAUGUGCCUUUCUAUUGGAAGUCUUGGAAAGCCAUUAUUUGCACGUUUUGUGGAGCCAUUCUUCGAUCCUACCGAUAGAAGGAUGUUUCAUCGAUUCAUUAAUUUGCGCUUUUGUUUUUGUUUUGUUUUUUGAUUAAUUAGGUGUAAUAUUUACUUCUUGUGAGAUGAUCCAUGUUGGAAGUUAGGUGUCUAAUUAUUUGGUAGAAACUAACACAUUCUCGUUUAGUUUUAAUCUUUUCCCUGAUCUAGCUCUCACACAGAUCAAGUACAGAUGCAUUGUAGAAGGGCUAUGAGAGAGAGAGAGAGAGAGCAUGCGCAUUCAUGCAUUGUUCUUCCUUCACGCUUGAUUUCAGAUUACUUGUAAGAAAAGAGAACUUUCCUUCUCGUAACGUAAUUUUCAUAUUACAAACUCUCACUUUUGAUGGGCAA